GAAAGUCUGCAGGGUAAUGAGCAGUGGGUUAAUGGAGUGAAAGGGCUGCAGCAGGAGUGUCUGACAGCCUCUGUCUCUCAACCAGGGGAGCAGAGAUCGAAGGAGCUGCGGCAGGAGGGAGCAGAUGUCCCGCCUGGCACCAUUGAGGACUGGCUGGAGAAGAGAGCGAAGAGACUGACCGCGGCUCAGAGCAACAGUGCUCUGCCUGAGAAACCAGCUCCCUUCCAGUACCCGCCGGGCUGGCCUCCAGUGCAGGAGCUGCCGCCCUCCCUCUUAGGUGUGCGAGAGGAGCCCAUGUCCGGCGGAGCAGGCGGGAUCGCCAGGCGGGAGCACCGGGCAGCUCCUGGGCGAGCUGCAAACCCCAACCCCGGAUGGAACCCACGGUGA